UGCACAGGCAGAAAAAGGGAGGGGAAGAAAAAAGGAAGCUCACCCGAUAGGUCUCGUUGUGAACAAAGUUUCACGAAAGUUUUUUUUUUCCGACUGAAACUCUGGAGGGGAUUACGAUGCUGUAGGGGGACGAUCUGAAGGUGAGCUGGUGGGAGAGGGUGCGGUGAGUGCAUUUGAUUUUGCGCACCACUGGCAGCAUGAAAUUGUUGUUUUUUUUCAAGGCCGCGGCCCUCGAGUGGCCGCAAGAAGGUUGCGUGAAGUGUAUUGCGAUUGGAUCCUCCUUUUUGCUAAAGUGAAAGUAUGCAACUCAAAAGUCCACUAUCUGCCUCAUAAAGGAACCCCGCUGAUUCGUCUGUAGACUCCCAACAUGUCCUCCAACUUGGACUCCAGUCUCACCAGCAUCGACUGGCUGCCGCAACUGGGAAUCAGCAGCCUGCGUUCGGGUCGCGAACGCGGAGGAGAGAGGAGGAGGGACAGAGGAGAUGCGCUGGCUUCCGCGCACGACCCCUCCCCGGCCAACCCCAAAGGCAAACCCCCCCACAGCUACGCCACCCUCAUCGCCAUGGCCAUCACGGCCGCGCCGGAGAGGAAGCUGAGCCUGAAUGACAUCUACACCUGGAUCAGUGACGCCUUCCCCUACUACAGUCACACGGGCCGCGGAUGGAAGAACUCCAUUCGACACAAUCUGUCCCUCAAUAAAUGCUUCAGGAAAGUUCCCCGUCCGCACAACGACCCUGGCAAGGGCUCCUAUUGGACAAUGGAUGGACCUGCGGUGUCCAAUCAACCCAGGGCGUCCAAACGCCCUUUUCCGGACGAGGAACAGAAAAGACUUGACGCUCCAGAAGAACUAGAAAGAGGCCCCUCUCUUCAUCCAGCUUGCCAAAAAGACAUAGCAAUUGAAAGGUCCCUGCAGCAGCCGCUCCGCCCCGCCUCCCUCUCUCCUCCCCCAUGCAAGCAACCUUACACAUCAUCUGCUGCCACCCCGAUCAACGCACCCCCCAGACCCGGCCCGACUCCCCCUAUCGCGCCACUUUCCGCUGCUAGCGCCUGUCAGCCAUUCCGUGCCCACUCAGGACCGGAACCUGGUCCCUCUUCCUCCUCUUCUCAACCCACUGCCUCGUCUCUCACUUUUUCUUCCCCUUUUCCUCUACCCGUGACCGCUCCCUCGUCAGCCGAGUCGGGACACCCCACGGCCGACCCCCAGCUGCGAUUCACCUUCGACGAGAUGAACUUACCUAACUUGUAUGCGUCUUUUAAGUCACUCUUCAAGAGUAUGAGGGAGAGAGGAGGCUCGCAAGCCGAUUCUACCGCUGUGUCUCUACCGAGCAACGACAUCACCCCGCUUCACACUCCGACUCUCCUGCCCAUGUCACCUCACCUCGCACCACUGGCGCCACCACCUGCCCCUCCCAGUGACACGGUGCGCCAUUCGCAGCACACAGUACCAGCUGACUGGUUCACAAGCACGGACUCUCUGAAGGAGAGCUUCCGCAUCGCCAGCAACCUGGACUGGGCCAAUAUCGACCUCUCCAGUCACCCAGACCUGCUGGAGAGUAUGCGCCAAGCGGAGCUGUGCGACUGGGCUUUGGACCCGGCGCUCUUCACAUCUCUGUGCGAUUCCCUCAACCGCUUCUUUGCCCAGAAAGGCAUGCUGACCUCGGGGAGUCACUCCCCGCUGGCUCUGGGCCCGCAGCACCCCUCGUUGCCUCAGCCUUGCUCCUACAACAUGCUGCCGCCGCCGCAUUUCGCUGCCCAUCCGUCGUCUUUCCACUACGGCCCUGUCAACGGUUCGCCGUUGCUCCGCAGGCCUCUUCACACGCAGGGUUACAACCUUCAUCGACCUGCAAGCACAGCUGGUGGCGCGCAGGCUCAAGCGACGGCACCGCGACCUCGUCCGUCUUUUAAGAGCAGCAACAGUGAGGAGAUCCAGGACGACUUUGACUGGGAUUCCCUACUCGCCUGACAUCAGUGAGCAAAAGAUAAACAGUGCAAUAUUUUUGAAGCGCUUCUUGCUACAUUUGUUUUGCAGGUUGUGUUUUUGCAUUGGAUUUAAAAAUCGAAUGGAUCAAGGAAAAUAAAAUAUACAUUUAUUCUUGUCACAUUAUUGUACUCUGCAGCAGUAAAAAUUGCAAAUAGGAUAAAGACGUGAAAGUACAGCACAAGCAUGAAACCAGCCAUGACGCCUGCUUCCUGUUGGCUUUUGUUAAAUUUCAUUAAUAGCUUUCUUUUAACUUGUCAAAUGUGAACGUUCACAGGCAAAUUCACCCAGUAUAAGAUUUUUUUUUUUCCUUGUCGAUAUAAAAUGUGUAAAUUAAAAGAACAGCAUGGAGCAUGUUGUCAAGUCUCUGUUCAUCUCCUCCACUCGUUUGUUUUCUCAAUGUCUGUCUUUGAACAGAAAAAAAAACACCGCAACGUUUGAGAAACGGGAUUGAAAUGUUGCGGACUAUC